ACGUAUAAAAAAAAAAAAAAAAAAAAACAGCUACAAAAUGAACGAAAACUCUCCCAAGAAGCGGACUAAAAGUUGUUUAUUUCAGUCGUCUGCGACCGAUUGGAUGCGCUAAUCAAUGGAGGGAUAUGUUCUCAAAUGAGUCUUUUGUAUGCUAGCUCCUCCUCCUCCGUUAAGUUGAGGAAAUCGAGUUUAAACUCACAUUUGACCGUCCAGCUAACAGCGGAAGCUAACUGGAGUAGCAUGGUAGUAGCCGGCCGAUGGUUUUAGCUUCGAUUCGUCCAUUUUAGUUUCCAAUUUUACCGUCACAUAUUUCGUCUCGACUCGCUACCCGGUUCUUUGGGCUGGUGGGGGAGAUGUCUCGCAGGCGGCUGGACAGUCGCAGCGGUCCCGCCGCCGCUGGGCUGCUGGCCGAAAGUCACACACCAAUCAGCGCGGAGCCUAUGGACGCUGUGUUCGAAGUCACCGGGGAACUGGGAAGGGGCAAGUUUGCGGUGGUGAAGCGCUGCGUGGAGAAAGCCACAGGCAAAGUGUUUGCAGCAAAGUUCCUACGAAAAAGGAGGCGGGGUCGUGACUGCCGGGCCGAGGUAGUCCAUGAGAUGGCAGUCCUGGAGACGGCCCGGAACAAUCCAAGGGUGGUCAACCUGCACGCCGCUUAUGAGACGGAUCACGACAUCGUCCUCGUGCUAGAAUACGCCGCAGGCGGAGAGAUAUUUGACCACUGUAUGUCUGACGAGCUGCUGCCCGAGGCACAGAUCACCCGUCUGAUCAGGCAAACGCUGGAGGGAGUUCACCACCUCCACCAGAGUAACCUGGUGCACUUGGACCUCAAGCCCCAGAAUAUCCUGCUGACGAGCCUUUCCCCUCCCGGGGACAUAAAGAUUGUAGACUUUGGCCUGGCACGCAGAUUGGGCGCGGUUGGGGAGCUCAGAGAGAUUCUUGGCACACCUGAGUAUGUGGCACCAGAAAUCCUGAAUUAUGAGCCCAUCACAACAUCAACGGACCUUUGGAGCGUGGGGGUCAUCGCCUACAUGCUGGUGACGGGCGAGUCUCCAUUUGCCGGCGACGACAAGCAGGAGACGUACCUGAACGUGUCUCAGGUUAACGUGGACUACAGCCGGGAAGCCUUCUCCAGAGUUUCUGAACUGGCGGUAGACUUCAUCCGUAAGCUGCUGGUCAAAGCACCCGAGGACCGUCCCAGCGCCGCAGACUGCAUAAGCCAUCCUUGGCUGUGGCAGCAGCAGCAUUUGUACAUGAGCCCUGAGCCGGCUUCCACCCGCGGCGCCCGCGAGCGGAGCUGCGGCACCAAGUGGGCGGCGCCUCCACCCGAAGACCCCGAGGACAAGGAGAACUUCCUGGAGUCGUCGUCGCCGCCGCAUUCCCAAGCCAAACGCUUCCGCUUGGACGAGGAGGCGCUUCUUGGAGACGGUGACCUGUGAAAAGAAAAAGGAAAUAGCUUUUAAAUUGGUUUUAAGACCAACAGGCGACUUUUUUAUACUCCACUUAAUUUGUUAAUUGCAAGAUUAACACAAGCCAAAGAUAAUCAUCUUACUGAUCCACCGUCGUUGGGUUUUGUCAUCCUAUUUGUCGCCAUUGUGUCGAACUGGAACUGUUAUUAGAACUGCAAGAUGAUGGCUCAUGGGCAGUAUUUUGUAGAAAUCAAAGCAGUAUAUUCAGCCUAGCUGUUUUACCGAAACGAGCUACACACAUACUGAUUUUUUAACGUCUUAACUGAUUUUUUUAAAAUUGUGAGACCUGACACGGUGUUUUAACUGUUCUUAUAGUGUAUGGCAUACGCACACAGAACGAUAUUUGUUGAAGUGCCAAGAGUGUCCCAUGAGAGGCACCAUGGUGCCAAACUUGAUGUUGACAUUCUUUGGCCCUGGUUGUUUUCUGAGUAGAUUGGGAAGGAAAAAUCACUGAGCCAUAUUAUCCUCUGCUGGGGGUGGUGUGUUUAGUGACAUCCCGUUUUAUCACAAGUGAGGGACAAUGGUAAGAUUCAUCCAGAUUGUCGGUAUUUGUGAACCCCUUUUAAAAUGUUGGAAUCGGUUGACCACACCAAUAAGGAAUUGCAAUUGUGAGCAUUGAGCAUGUUAAACAUUUACAAUUGUGACUGUUUUAUGAGCAGAUCAGGGAUGAAAAGUGAGUCUUGACACACCCGACACCACAAGGAUAAUCGUUCAGAAACAUCCGAAAAUCGGGCCUUCGCUUACUUUGAUUGCAAGGGCGAGUAAAUGCUCAAAAUUUGCCUGUCAGUGUGUGUGUGUGUGUGUGUGUACACCGCUUAAGAUGUUGAAAGUUGGUUGAGCACACGCAUAACAAUUUGCGAUCGUGAAUUUUGAACGUUUAACAUUUACAAUAGUGACUGUUUUCCAAGCAGAUCAGGGUGGAUGAAUCACUCAACACACCCCACACCAAGGGAUAAUCAUUCAGACAUCCGAUAAUUGGACCUUUGCUGACUGACUUUGAUCGCAAGGGAACAGAAUUGCUUAAAUUUGGCUCGAUUGUCGGUGUGCGUGUGUGUGUCUGUGUGUGUGUGUGUGUGUGUGUGUGUGUGUGGCAUGCUAAAGAUGUUAAAAAAUGGUUGACAUCACACACAUGGAUUUGCGAUCGUGAAUGUUGAACAUGUUUAACGUUUACAAUUGUGACCAUUUUCCAAGCAGAUUAGAGAGUAAAAAAUUACUAUUACCAAACCAUAGACCACACGAUAAUCAUUCAAAGACAUUCAAUAAUCGGGCCUUUGAUGGCAAAGGAGAGAAAAUGCUCACAUUUGGCCCGAUUGUCAGUAUAUGUGUACCCUGCUUUCAUUGCUGUAUAUACAUAUAGAUUUCAAAUUUAACAGUGCAAUCAGAAAAACAGCCUUUGCCAGCACAAAAGCACAUUCCUGAUAUUUCCUUCUGAUUCGCAUGUUUUGAAUAUUUAAAUUUAGCUCAGGGGUUUUAGAAGAAAAGUAUAUUUUAAUCGUUCCGGUUUAGGCCUUUAUAUAUACUCAGUGUUAAUCCGAUUCUCAGGUGAUCAAACGGAAGUUAAUUCUGUCUUCUCAACUCAUAACGCCACCGUUAUUGUUGUUUUCCCUGAGCUUGCUAUAACAGUCCUGCUAUGGCUGCUCAAACGAGUUCCUCCCAAGUUCCUAUCGUCCGCCUGCAGAAAAAAGAACCACCGUUUAGCACUUAACUUCCUCAUGAACAAAGUUGUUUAUCCAUUCACGCUUCUUUUUAUAAUGAAGGCUCUUUAUGUAUGGAGAGAGAAGGGAAAAAAACACUGCUCACUUGUGUUAUUCCUAACGUCAUUCCUAUUGUUUUUAUUUAUGUGCUGGAUUUAUACUUUAUAUUAUUAUUUGUAUGUAAUUUACAGGAAAGAUGAUGUUGAGUAAGGUUUUAGGUGUGUGGAAUGGUGGAGAGUGGUGAGAAAUUCAGGGAAUUGAGAAGGUAGAAAGAAGGACUGGCUUUUUUAUGUGGUCAAACUGGAUGUGAUGUCGAUGGUUUUCCGUUGGAAGUAUAGCGUUGAGGUUAAAGGUAUGUGGGUGCGGAAAAGCUCUUUAAUGAGAGCUAAAUGCUAGGUGGCCUUGGUAUGGCGUGAAAUAGAAUGACUCGUUUCUCUGCAUCGUUGUUUCUUGUUGUCUUUUAGUUGUUGUUUUCAUCUUAUACUGUCACCAGCCAACACAGUGACCUUUGUGUAGAGGGGCCAUGUUCUCAUCUGUAAUGCUGUCAUCGGUAAGAACUGGAAAGCUACUCUGAGAGCGCAAAAUCCAGCUCGUUUUCUCCAGAUAGUUGACGCAAGUAUAUAUAUUUUCACUCUUUUCUAGUCGUGCUGGACUAAGAAAAAAAACAGCCUUUCAAGAAAUAAGAUUCAAUGUCUUUUCACCUUAGGAGUUAAAGGAGACAUAUUAUGCAAAAAAAAUAAAAAAAUCUCUAAAGAACCGUUAGCCUAAUAGCAUAAUUGUAUGUCAUUUUUGACUUAAAGUCCCAGUAUCAAUAAAAAUACCAAUGUGCUUGCUAUAUAUUGUUUUUUCUUUGUCUGUGAAAUUGUCAGUUAUCUAAGUCAUGGUAAUCUGCAAAGGUUGACUCAAGGCAACUGGAAUGAAUUGGGCAAUUACGCUAGUAGGCUAACAAAAAUGUCAUUUAAAACAGUUCCCAGGUGUCUUAACAUGUAUGACAAGAUUUUGUCAAAAUACCCCAAGAAUCAAGAAUUAUACAACACUUUUCACUCUAUUUUCUCUGAGAUUAGCGUGUUUUUAGGUGGCGGUCCUGUCACACUACUCAGGGCUCUCGUUACCAUGAUCACUGGGGGCACAGGUAGGGCGUUGCGACAAGGCUAGCAGCUAUUUGACUGAAGAGUGUGUGAAGAGAAACACAAGCGGCCAUGAAACGACAAAAGCAUGGAUUAUAUUUUCACUGGUGGAGGAAGCACUUAAUCACCAAGCAACCAAAUUACACUUAGUGAAGCGGAUCUGUGCAUGUGGUACAUGCAGCACUUUUUUCUUAAUCCAAGUUCUCCAGCCACUACAAUGACAAUUUCACUGCACUCUUGUGUGUGCCGCUAAUGCUAAAGGUAAUGCUAAUCUCUGCUAACACUGCAGCUCUGCUUAGUGUUGUCUUUUUACAUGAUAGCAUUUCAGCCAGUGUAAUCCUGUCGUGGCUUGAAUGUGACUGAUCUUCCCCCUGCCUAGCUUCCAAGUUAUGGGCGCAGAAAAUGUAUGUGGGGCGUGGUAUUAUGUAAUUUAGCCGCACUGUUAGGUCACAAUGCGACUAAAUCAGAACAACUCGCUCCCAGACACAUUUCGGAAAAUAGGCAGAUGAAUAUACACAAGCCAUUAAAAAGGCAGUUUUCCAUAAAAUGUCCCCUUUAAAUCUCAACUCUGCUGUUUUUCUGAUACCUCACCCACAAUUGACAAGUGUCUUGAAAUGAUUACUGUCAGCUAGAUGGAUGGCUUUCUCUGUAGGCUGUUGUUUUUCCAAGACUUGACAACUGGUGUGAACCGCAGAGAAGGCGGGCGGACCUGUUUCACACUCUGCUGAAUGAUGAAACACUUGAAUGUGUAGACAGUGUUGCACUUACCGGCUGUUGUUGUUGUGUGCCAUACUCAUGCUCGUCAUCCUCACAAAACCGAAGCCGAAGUGUAAGGAGAUGUAACCAGCCAUCAGCACAAGCGCGUCUCGAGAGAUGUUUGUUUAUUUUGUACUGUUUCUAAUUUAACGUAUGAGCAAUAUGAUUGCGACCACUUGAGAAAACAAGCUAAUGUAUUUUGAUCAAGCACACACGUUAAUUAAUAUUUAGGCAUCCAAGUACAAAAAUGCUCAUUAAAGAUUGCAGAAAAUAUGUGA